AAAAGAAGUAGGAAAAACGAUUACUACAGUAAUAGAAACGAACAAAAAAAAUGAAUAAUGAUUUUAUUCAUAAUUAUGAAGGAACACUUGAUGACAAUAAUGAAAUAAAGUUUGACGAAAUCCCUGACAAACAUAAAACUAAAAACGCUAACAGUUCAUCAAGGUCCGAUUUUGAUCGUUACAUAAUUAGAAAACUGACAGACAUAGGAUUUAAAAUAUCUGCAUUCGAAGAACAAGAAAGACUUUUGAUUAAUAAAUUCGAUAUCAUGCUAGAAAAAAUCGAGAAAUAUUUUUUGCAUGAGGAAAUUGCGGAAAAAGAUAUUGCGGAACAAUGUUUUAUGGAUAAUUUUCCAAUUGAUAACAUUGAAGACCUGGAAAAAUUAGAAAAAUCAUUAAUUGAGAAUACUAACCGCAAAGAAUUGAUUAAGCAGUUAUCACGUAUAGGAGGAAAUAGUAUCAAAGGAGUCACUUUUAAUCUUUUACGAAGAUUAAUGUCUGAUAAGUUAGCGUCUACAUUUAGUUAUGUUGGAGAGAAAAAAGCGGAUAUUUUAUGAUUUACAGCUACUAAUAUUUAGCGUGGUACGAAUGCGUUUUACGGAAGCAAUAGAGCAUAUUAUUUCCGAACCAAUUAAAUCUUGGUUGCGACAUGCAAAUGAACGUUCUACAAAAAAAAACAAGACAGAUAAUGUACAAGAAUAAAUGCAACCAUUAUUUGCAUUACGGAGCAAGAUAGCUACAAAAUGUUGACUUAUAUAUUUUAUUAAAUAUAUAUAAUUAUAUACGAACGCGAAAUGUUAAACAUGUGUUACAAGUUUUUGUUACAAAGGCUAAUCAGAAAAAAAUAUUUCUUUUUUUGUUUUAUGAAUAGUUCGAAUAUUUUAUCAAAACUGUUUUUGUUCAUUACAUUUUAAUGUAAUAGUUUGUCUAUUAUAAGCAAUAAACAUAAAGAGGUGUUUAGGUAAUAUGAAAUAAUUUGUUUUUUUUUUAAUUUACAUUUUAUAAAUAUAAAUAUUCUAAAAGUGAUAAAUAGUAUAAUAUUUUAAAAAGUUUCAAAAUAUUUUCCAAUAUUUUGAAACUAUUAACGACAUGUGAGAUAACGCCUUAUUUACUAUGUUAAUUAAAAUAUAUAUUGAUUGCAAGUAAUGUAGGAAGGCAAAAUCCCUAUAGUAAGAAAUAAUGGUUGAAAAGACGUUUAAAUAUCAAUUAGAUAUCUCGAAUGACAUUGAAUAGAAUUUGACAUUUUUUCAACCAUUUAUUUCUCACUGGGUCAGGGGCUCGAUUCUUAAAUUUAUUUGCAAAAGAAACGUAUGCAAAAAUACUCUCUCUAACAGAAAGUUGUAAUUGUUUAUUGGUUAAAAUUUAAGUCAUACGAUAGCUAAUAAAUUUUCAACUUUACUGUAAGAACAGAAUUUGCGAAUUCGUUUCUUUUGCGAAUGAAUUCAAGAAUCGAGCCCCAGUGCCUUACCUUUAUUUGGAUGCGUUCAGAUAUUCACUGCCAAUACUGAAAAUCUAUAGUAUACAUGACGAUAACUAUAUUUUAGUACUGGCAGUAAAUAUUGAAACGUAUAAGUCUUUAUGCACUAAAUGCUUAGUUUAUCUUACAUACUUGAUUUGAAAUAUUAAUUAGUUAAUCUAUAUUUUACUUUCAGAAUUAGGUCCUUAAAAUUCCAAAAACAUCCCUAACAUAUCCUAUAGAAUUCUUAAUAUGUCCUGUGGAAAUCCUUAGGAUGAUCCACAGGAUCUCCCUGGAUAUUCCAGGGGCUUAUAUACGGCUCUCAUACACUGUUCCUCGGGAUAUCCAGAGGAGAUCUUAGGAUUAAAAUGGGAUGUCCUCAGGAUAUCCUGCCUCUACAUCCUGGACAUCCUUUGGAUGUCCUACGGACGUCAUUGUGCUGUCUGGAUACUAUCUAAAGCUGUCACACUAUAAGAUAUACUAAGACAUUAAUUUGACAAAAAAUGCGAACUCAACCAUUUUCUACUAUUCUAAUAACAAAACAUAAUAUAAUUACAAACAACAUGCCAAGCACACCAAUAUAAACACAUUGAUGAGUAUAUCUAUUGAAUCAUUGAUAAAUAAAAAUUUUCAUCGUCGUAUUUUUACAAAAAUGAUAAUGUUGGAUUAACAAUAUUAGCUA